GACGGCACCAACGUGAGUUGGGAGCAAGUGUGUAGCCGUUGCUGAGUUUUGUUGCCAUUUUCUCCGUUAAUUGCGUGGCGAGGGUGGUGGCACUGAGCCCAGGCUGUCUGGAGGUCACGGGGGUCAGAUACGCGCUGCGGGAGGUUACGGGAGAAGAUCAACCAAAGAACGAUGCCUCUGUUUACGCCGCGCAAGAACAACAACAACAGCACAGAUGGAGGAGGGGGAGGAGAGGCAAGCAAGGAAAAUUCUCUUCUAGCAGCAAACACCCCACACACCCCAACCUCCCCAUGGGGCCACACCCUCACCCCACACCCCUCCACACCACACCACAGUGCCCCCACACCCCCUACACCUGCUGCCGCUGCCUCGCCGGUCAAGAUGAUGCCUUGGUCGGAUCUCAGCUUUGUGGCAGAAGUGGUGAGUCCCGGCUUCACCAGUCGAGUGGUGCGCGAGGCCAGAGGAGGGCACCACUACCCGCACCACAGCCCCUCCCACCCUCACCACCCGCCUCGCUCACCAAGACUCUACCCUACUGCCCAGGACCGCUACAUUAGAACGGGUCUCCUUCCCAAUGUGAGGCUGGGGGGGCGAACCAAGCCAGUUCUCACCCCCCAUCGCACCCCAGCCUCCCCCCUCCUGCCGCUGGGGAGGGCUGCAGCUGCUCCCUUCCACCCUCCCUCGGAUUUCCUGUCCUCUGCCACGCCAAGAAUCCCAGACAUCCGCUCCGUAGUGUCAGUGUUUGAGAGCACCACCACCACCGCCACCAGCCCUCACAACACCAGCGUGGGAGGCAGUGAGUGUGCCAGGGACCCCACCAGCGUUCAGGCAGUGGUGGCAGCCCUGCAUAGCGCCCAGGCUGGUGGCAGGGGUACCAAGCGAGCCCCUACUUGCUAUCUGGAAGCAGAAGACUUAUGCAAGAGGCAGUGUGUUUCUCCUAUCUCACCCCCUAUCUCCUCCUCUUCCUCCUCUUCCUCCUCCUCCUCCUCCUCCUCUCCUCCUCCCCCCAGUGCUGGCCCCAUCACCUCCCCUUCUCUUCCCAUCAAUUAUUCGGCAAGGGACAGCACUAGUGAGGAGGCCAGCGAUACAACAACAACAACUACAACAACAACAACAACAGCAGCAACAACAACAGGAGGAGGAGGAGGAGGAGGAGGAAAGAGAGCAUUAGAUUUGAGUUAUCCUCCUUCUUCUUCUUCCUCCCCACCCUCCUCCUCCUCCUCCUCCUCCUCUUCCUCUUCCUUGACCCCUGAGAACAAGAGGAGGUGUGUUUUGGACCCUAUGACUGCUUCUCUCUCCUCUUCAAGGCACCUUCUCAAGAUCCAGACCAGCGGGAGAGACAGUGCCUUUUCUAUGUACGAGUCGAGGGAGACAGAUUCAGACAGUAGCAACUCCCACAGUGAUGACAGCUGCGCCCCCCCUGCUGCCCCUGCCACCCAUGGACCCCCUGCUCCCCUGCCGCAGCCACACCACCUGGACAACACCACCACCACCACAAGCACCACCACCACCCCUCCAUCACCGCAGCCACCCCGCGCCACCCCAACACCCACCCCUACCCCAACCCCACGCCACCCCUCCCCCCCACGGCCCACCCACAUCAUAUCCCUGGAGGCUCACUUGGCAGAGAAGGAGAAGAACCAGCAGAGACUUAAGAAGAUGCUGAACAUGUUAUUUAGUGGAGGUCGAGAGGCAGACAGACAGACAGACACCACAACCACCACCACUACUACCACACCCUCCACCACCACCACCACCUUUGACUCCACCACCACUACCACCACCACCCCCACCACUACCACUGAUUCUAUAGUGCUAGGUGGAACACUUGGGGCUCUGCUGGCUGCCCCCUCCACUGUUCCUCCCCCCCCUGUCAAAGUAGACGUGAUAACUGCUACUACUGCCAAUAAUAGUAGUAGUAGUAGUAGUAAUGUUACAGCAACCUUUACUUUCUCACUGAAGGGGAAGGAUAGUAGCAGCAGUAGUAGUAGUAGUGGUGGUGGUGGUGGUGUGAUGCUACAGCCUCCCUAA